GCCAAGCCUUCAGUCUCGCGGGGCUUGGAUCAGUUUGGAAAGGAAACGUUUGGCAAUGGAAAUGUGGCUAGUGCUACUUGCUGUUCUUGCGGGAUCACUCCUCAUCAUUUGGUUCCAAUGCUGUAGUUUCCUCGUGUACCACUUGUGGAGGCCCAAGGUUCUGGAGAAGGUCAUGUCCGCCCAGGGGGUCACCGGGCCUCCCCAGAAGAAUCUCCUCACGCAAAUCUGGGAGCUCCCGGAUAUGGAGCAAGUAAGUCACGACAUUGUUCCACACGCGAUUCCACUCCACCAUGCAUGCUUGCAAAAAUACGGACCGCUACACAUGAAUUGGUGGCGCGUGGAGCCUCGGGUGGAACUUGCGGAUAUCGAUCUCAUGCGCAAGGCACUCCUCAAAGGUCCGGAGUUUUUCGGGAAAUCGCCUGUUCUCGGGAUGAUGGCCGACGACAUUUUCGGUGGUGGUGUCUUUGACGCCAGCGGACGAGACUGGGUGGAGCAAAGGCGCGUUGUGGUGCCUGUGUUUCACGCUGACAAGAUCAAGGGAAUGGUGAGAACCAUGUACGAGAACACACAAAACUUCCUGGAGAACUGGGAGACGCUGGUUCGAAAUGGCGGAACUGGAGAGAAAGCUCUCGACGUUUUCCCCGAGUUUGUGGAGCUCACAGCGCUCAUCAUUGGGCAAGCCGCGUUUGGGACCAGUUCCAGCACCUCCAUAGCCAUUGUCAAGCUCCUGCGUCUCUUGUUUGCUUUGCAAUCGCAGCAAGUCAGAUAUGUGUGGAUGUUUCCAUUCAUCAGGAGUCUACCAUUCCUUCCCAUGAAUCGCGAGAGAUGGAGAAUCAAGAGAGAAAUCCAUCGUUUGCUCCAUGUGGAGAUUGAUUCGCGACGGGCUUUCACGCGGGAGAACUGUGCUGCCUCUCACGGGAGUGACUUGCUCGGUACGAUGCUCGACAGCAACUGGGACGACGAGCUUAUCAUCACCGAGAGCAAGACCUUCUACACAACCGGGCACAUGUCCCUCACUUCGUUAUACUCGUGGGUGAUGCUGCUGCUGGCCGUGAAUCCAGAAUGGCAGGAGAAAGCCCGAGUGGAAGUUUUGGAACUUGUCGCGAGAGAGGGGCCCCUGGACAACGCAAAAGCGCUAGACAAGCUCAAGCUGGUUGAGAUGACAAUCAUGGAAACGCUGCGACUCUAUCCUGCGUUCCUAAUCAUUCCUCGAGUAGCGCUCAGAGAUUGCUACGUCGACCACAUCUUCAUACCAAAAGGGCUGGCAGUAUCCGUGCACAAUACCGUGAUACAACACAGUGCCGAGAUGUGGGGAGAGGACGCAAACGAGUUUAAUCCCGGUCGCUUUGCAAAUGGAAGCCUGGCAGCGAGCAAGCAUCCCAUGGCUUUCAUGCCAUUCUCGUUUGGACCGCGGGCUUGCGUUGGUCGGGCGUAUUCUCAGGUCCAGGCCAAGGUCGUUGUGGCCUCCCUGUUGCAGCGAUUCAGGUGGAGCUUGUCACCUGAUUAUCGUCACAACCCCAUGGCUGCUGGGACUUUGCUCCCCAAGAACGGAGUUCCCAUUGUCCUGAAGCUGCUGGAUUCCAAAACCAUCGUUUCAAAUGAAGGCAACCGGAGAGAGAUCCUAACCUGAAUUGAUGAUCAACUCGUUUUUACUGUUUUCAUUCAAGAAGAAGAUGUCCUCGCGGGCCUCCGUCAAAUACCCGACUGCUUUAAUCCUCAGGUUCCGAAUCCUCCGUAUUUCUAGAAAUUCUAGCUGCUCCUCCUUGUGCCCCGCCGCCUCCUCCAUCCUGAGAGCGCCUCCACCAGCGGGCCUGACCCCUGGAUUGUAAUGAACGUUGUCCCCUGUCC